CUUGUCAAUGUCAAAUGUUGUCAAUGUCAUGGUUGUCUUCUGAUCAAGAAUAUUUAAGGCACAGGCUAAUUGGUGUAGAUUUUGCUCCUCCAAAUCUAGAGCAACAUGCUGCAUUAGUCGUGCAGAGCACAUAAAAACUUGAGACAUGGGGCGGUCAAGGGCAGGACAGGUUCCCGGAAAGGGGACCAAUCUGGAAAUGGAGGACCCCUUAGCUGCCCUAUCAGCGAGAACCAAGAGGAGGAGGGGCGCAAAUGAAAGCGACUCCGCCGCCCUGCUGCAUAGUGGCGAGGCGCGGCAGGCGCAGUACCACUGCAACUACUGCAAGAAGGACAUCUCUGGCUGCGUGCGCAUCAAGUGCGCCGAGUGCCCCGACUUCGACCUGUGCCUCGAGUGCUUCUCCGUGGGGGCAGAGAUUACGCCCCACAAGAACGACCACAAGUACCGAGUCAUGGAGAUCCUGGACUUUCCGCUGCUAAACCCUGCUUGGACUGUGGACGAGGAGAUUUUGGUACUGGAGGGCAUCGAGAUGUUCGGGUUCGGCAACUGGGCUGACGUGGCAGACCACGUGGGCACCAAGUCCAAGGGCAGCUGCCAGGAGCACUACACGUCCAUCUACAUCAACAGCCCCUUCUUCCCGCUGCCGGACAUGUCGAGGAUCGCCGGCAAGGGCCGAGCGGAACUGAUGGCGGAGGGCAAGAGGGGCGACGUGUCACGCAUGAGCUCGGAAGGUCCGGGGGAGAGCUCGCAAGCGGGGUCUUUGACGGUCAAGCUGGAAGACGUGAAGGACGAGGGCAUCUCGGCGCGUGAGGCGUCCGUCGAGCCGUCCAUCGGCGCCAAGUCGGAGAAGAUCCUCCUUCCAUCCUCCACGGAAGAGGAACGUGCCCAUUCACACAAGCACCCAAGCGACGCGGCCCUCGCAAGUGCAGAGCAGGGAGGAGGUCCUGGAAAGAAGGCAGCCGCCCAUUCACACCAGGCGAAACCCGAGCCGAGCGCCGAGGGGGAACAGGCCGGAGAGGACCCAGCACAGAGCACGCGCACACUGGGGGGAAAGAAGCCGAAGUUGUCGGAGGGGGAGAUCAAAGCGGGGACAGUGGGCGCGGAGCAAACAGGGUAUCAUGCAAAGCGGAACGAGUUCGACCCAGAGUACGACAAUGAUGCGGAGGUGCCGCUGGCAGAGAUGGAAUUCAAGGAGACGGACACGGAAGCGGAACGGGACCUCAAGAUCAAGAUGCUCGAGAUCUACAACCACAGGCUGGAUGAGCGGCGGCGGCGGAAAGAGUUCAUUCUGGAGCGGGGACUACUGAACCUGAAGAAGCAGCAGGCGCUCGACCGCAAGCGCACCCGCGAGGAGCGGGAGCUUUACAACCGGGCGCGCGUCUUUGCACGCUUCACCACGCAAGAAGAGAUCGACGAGCUGGUUUCGGGGCUCCUUGCGGAGCGGCGCAUCCGGGACCGCAUCGACGAGCUGAAAGAAUAUCGCGCGAUGGGCAUCCGCACAAUGGCGGAAGCGGCGGACUACGAGUCGGACAAGAAGAAGCGCGACGUGGAGGCGCAGCAGCGCAAGCAGCGGGAGAGCGCAGCGUAUCUGUACAGUAGUCGCCCCGCGCAGCGCAGCAAACGCUCGGACCGGGCAGAAGACGAGCCGUCUCCCGUCGGGGGGGGCGGCAAAGAGGCGCAGAAGCUCCGGGGCAAUCCCCCGGGCACCCCUACUCCGACAACUAGCGAGGCGGGAGUGCCCAGUGUGGCGGACCGGGUGGGGGGAAAGGGCGCCUGGAAAAUCCUGGCCCCCUUGGAGUUGGACGGGCAUCCGGCGGCGGAUCUGUUGAACCGGCUCGAACGAGAGCUGUGCGAGAAAUGGAGACUGGUACCCUUGCACUACCUAAAAAUGAAGGACACGCUCAUGCAGCAAAGCGCGCGGGAGGGGCUCGUCAAGCGGUCGGACGCCGUACGGAUGUUCAAAGUAGACCCGAUAAAGACAGACGCGGUCUACGACUUGCUCGUGAGUAAAGGGUGGAUAGAGGGGGAGCCUUCGGCACCCCCGCGAACCGGAAGUGCGAAAGGGGGCAGCAAAGGUGCUGCUAGCGAGAGGGGGGAUGCCGUGGAGGACGGGGUUGCCGGUUCAGCGGUGCACCUCGAACCAGAUGCAAAACCCAUGGAUGUCGAUGGGACAAAUGAUUGAUCAACAGAAUUCUCGUCAUGCAGCUCUUGAAAGUCCGUUGCAAGCUCGUGCCAACCGACUUUUCAGAGCAUGUUGCUGCACGCCAUUCAUUGCCUUGAAGAGUCUUUUGAUCCAGUGCAGGCUACGUUGUCAUGCUUGUAAGUGUAAUAUACCCUAUAGAGGAAUCGAAUGUUUUCAAUACGUGAGUACAGUCCUUC